AUGCUGUGCAGAAACUCAGAAUCAGACGUGCAGCUUGCGUUACUGAACUGGAGAAAUACACCUAGAAAUGACCUAUUAGGCUCACCUAACCAACGACUUUUCAGCAGAAUUACAAGAUCACCAAUACCUGUAAGUGACAAAUAUUUAAAACCAAAAAUCAUACAAGGAGUCACAACUGAACUACAGACAUUAAGAGAGAAACAGGCCAAUUACAGUAAUAAACAUACUACAAGACCAGUAAAUUUGGAAAUUAAUGAUAAAAUCAGACACAAGGUAGCUCACCAACACUGGGAAGGGGCGAGAGUAAUAGAGAAGCCCAAAAAUCUACCAAGAUCUGUUAUUAUACAAACAGAUAAAGGACAAAUUUUACGAAGAAACUUAAGUCAUUUGCACAAGACACAAGCUGAUAUUCCCAGCAACAGAAUAGCUGUACCUGAAACUAAAUACACAGAAGAACCAGUAGUACAACAGAUGCCAGCUCAAACUCAAUCACCGGGUGUUCCUGCAACAACCCCAACAACUACACAUCCAUCAGAGAUGCGAGAGAUGCUUAGCUCUAAUAAUACACAGAGUUCUAAUAUGGUGACACAACCAGCGACUGCACCACAAGUCUCAAGAUAUGGUAGACCUAUAAAACCUAUUAAUAAACUCAAUCUCUAAUAUUGUUAAAAAACAAUAAGUACUGUAGUACUAUUUCAUGUAUCUUAAUCAUUAACAUUAAGUAUCAGUUAAUUAUAACUUGUUUACUAUAAUUUUAUAAGAACUUGUUCAGUAAUCAUUUACAUUAACAUUGUUAAUUAGAACUGAAUGCUUUGCCAUGUAUCUUGUUAUAUAAUCAUAUGAUAGAUAUAAUUUUUUAAUUACUGGAUAAGUAAAAAUAAAGAAAUUUAAUACUUUAAAUAAAAAUGUUCAUUCAUAGUGUAUACAUAUAUUAAAAAAAAAAAAAAAAAAAAAAAAAAGUUUGGUUUGUUAUGGUUGUUUAGUUUGUUUACAAAGAAAGGGAGAUGUGAAGUAUAAACAUAGAUAAUAAAUAGUUUUCAUUUCAUAUAUUAUCUGUUGUCACUUUGAUUCUUUGACACUUGUACGAUUGCAUUAUUAUUCAUUGUUCGUUGUUCAAUAAAACCGCUCAUCAUAUUUU